AUGCACACCAUCCUCAGUUUGUUUCUGACCUCGCUUUUGGUGACUAUCGUUAAGUCAACCCCCCCCACCCUUGCUGGAGAUAUUGACAUCAUCAAACGAGAUGUGGCCAUCACCGGCGGAGGCGCAGGAGGCAUAUACUGCGCCAUCAGCCUUCAAGACCAAGGCAAGUCCGUCAUCGUGAUCGAGAAGAAAGACCGACUCGGGGGCCACGUCGAGACCUACGUGGACCCCGGGACAGGCAUUGCGAUGGACUAUGGAUUCGCACUUUUCGAGAACACCUCCGUGGUCAACGACUACUUCGCACGCUUUGACAUCCCUCUAGUCAAGAUCAGGCAGUUCAACAUCACCUGGUCCACCUACGACUUCCGCACCGGAAAGACAGCGGUCCCCAGCUACAACCCGUCGCGCGAGGAGGUGCUGGCCGCGUUCGCGACCUACUUUGCCCAGCUGGCGCGAUACCCCGAGCUGGAGCAGGGGAUCUUUCUUCCGAGUCCCAUCCCCGAGGACCUGUACAUGCCGUUCGGGCGGUUCGUGGACAAGUACAAGAUCCACGCGGCGGUGCCGACGAUGUUCCUGCUCAACGCGGGGGUCGGGGAUCUCCUCUCCAACGCGGUGCUGGAGGUCUUCCGCGCGCUGCCACGGAAGCUGGUCGAGGGGGUGCUGACGUCCACCGUGCUCACCCCGGCCAACCACACCGUCAUCGAGCUGUACCGACGCGCCGAAGCCGAGCUGUCGUCGACCUCCAGCCUCUUCCUCUCCGCCGAGGUGGUCGAAACGCACCAAAUCACCCUCCUCGUCCGAACCCCCACGACCGAUGGAAAGCUCACCCUCAUCCAAGCCAAAAGGCUCCUGAUCGCCAUCCCCCCCAACCCCGCCCUCCUCGACCCCUGGCUCCGCCUCACCCCGACCGAACACUCCCUCUUCACCCGCUACAUCAGCACAGGCCUGUACGUGGGCCUCGUCAACGGCACGCGCCUCCCGCCCACCGCGGGCAUCCUCAACCUCGCCCCCAACCACACCAUGUACUCCUUCCCCUACCUGCCGGACACCGAGGCCGCCGUCCGCCACCACAUGCUGGACGAUAUCCGGCGGAUCCAGCGGGAGAACCCGGACCGGUUCCCGGGGACGGGCGCGCCGGCGUUCGUGGCCUUCGCGGCCCAUGCGCCGUACAACCUGCAGGUGUCCGGGGAGGACAUCAAGAAUGGGUUCUACGAGAGGCUGUAUGCGCUGCAGGGGGAGAUGAAUACGUUUUGGACCGGGUCGGCGUGGGCGGCGGAUAUUAGUGGUGAUAUUUGGAAGUUUUCAAGGGGGGUGGUCUUGCCGAUGCUGGUGGGGGAGUUGUGA